GAAUCAGGAAGUAACAAGACAAACAUAUAUUGGAAAGUCAAAUCAAAGACAUGUCAGAUCAGUGCAGUUCAGCAAAAUGGCAGUUGUGCUCACAGUGCUGGUGUUAUUCUUAGCUGGGUUUCUUGCUGGACUUAUAUUAUUGGUCAUAGGGGCAAUUAAUUUUGACUUUUCCAACUCAGAAAUUCCUCCUGGAGUGACUCAGCCUGCAAAGCUCCGAAUCCUUCAUAUAAUUUUAAUAUGUACAGCUGUGGUGGGAAGGAUUUUGGAAAACAUUGGCAUCUGCACUCAGGUGAGCUUUGUGCGGUACAUGCAAGGAAGAAAGACUCUGGGGGCGGACCCGAAGCUCUUCAUUAAGGAUUUGUGGUUUGAGAAAGUGCCUGUAAGGAUUUACCAGCCUAAGGCUCCAUCUGCCAGCCAAAGGAGAGGAGUUAUGUUCUUUCAUGGAGGAGGAUGGGUAUUUGGAAGUCUUGAGACCCACGAGGAGCUGUGUCGCUUUAUUGCCAGAGAAAGCGAAUCUGUGGUUGUGUCCGUGGGGUACCGUUUAGCCCCUGAGCACAAAUACCCCGCUGCGUACGAAGACUGUCUGAACGCCACCCAGCACUUCCUGCAGCACCUGGAGCGCUACGGCGUGGAUCCUGCCCGCGUCACUGUCUGCGGGGACAGCGCUGGGGGCAACCUGGCAGCUGCUGUGAGCCAGACCCUGGCAGGCAGGUCAGACCUCCCCAGGCUCCGUGCUCAGAUCCUCAUCUACCCAGGCCUUCAGGCUCUGGACUUCAAUUUGCCAUCCUACCAACAAAACCAGGGAGUCCCUCUGCUCUUCCGGGAACGUGCUGCUUUCUAUAUGCUGCAGUACCUAAAUGGAAAUGCAACAAAACUGGAAGAGGCCUUGGAAGGUUCCCAUAUUCCUAUAGAUAUUAAAUUAAAGUAUAGGAAGUGGGUGAGUCCAGACAACAUCCCUGAGGAAUUUAAGGUCAGAGGCUACAAACCACGUGUGCUACUUGACUGUACAACUGAAGUUUAUGAGACAGUGAAGAGAUUCUGUGAGCCCAACCUGUGCCCUCUGCUGGCUGAAGACACAGUUAUCCAGCAGCUGCCAGAAUCCUUCAUCCUGACCUGCGAGUACGACGUGCUGAGGGACGAUGGCUUGUUGUACAAGAAGAGGCUGGAGAACAACGGGGUUCGAGUGACCUGGUACCACCUCGAGGAUGGAUUCCACGGGAUCAUAAACUCAUUUAAUAGUGCCUGGUUGUCAUUUCCAGCUGGAAAAAGGGGCCUUGAUAAUAUUGUGAAUUUUCUAAGAAGUUUAUAGCAACAUUUUUCUAUGUUUCUGUAAGAACUGCCAAAUUUCUGUGGUCUUGUAUGCUUAUAUUACAUAUAAGAAGUUCAUAUAGGACAAUUUGUUAAUAAGUAAUAAUGCCAGUGUGAUUACCAUAAAUGACAUUUCAAGAAUAGCUUCUUUUAAUGCUGUUUGAAGUAGUCCAUGCACAGUCUGCCUAUUUUAAUCGUCUGUUUGGACUUGAUACUUGUACAGUACAAGUGCUGCUCUCUCAGAACAUAUAAAAGAUAAAAGUAAAAUUUUAAGCCAACAUCUGGUCUGACCUGUUUCAUUCAAUUACAGUCAACAAUUUCAUUCUUCCUACAAGUUUGUAUUUUGGCAAAGGAGAAAGACACUGACACGACAGUGCCAUGAUGCACAGCCUGGACUCUCUGCUACAUGUAGAACCUGAGUUUAAGAUUCCCAAUUUGAAGAAGACUACUGGCUAGGUAACCAGUAUUUUAUACUCAAAAAAAUGAAGUCACAUUAGUUAACGUGACUUUUAGAACUGCAACGGUUCCCAACAGAAACACUCUAUUGACAGCUUUGUUUAAAUUACAAUGGGGAAAAUACUUUAAAGCGUUUUCUUAUGUUUAUCAAACACAUGGGUAUGCUGAAAAACUUGUUCUUGUGCUUGAACAGAACCCUAGAAUCACGGAGUGGUUUGGGUUGGAAGGAACAUUAAAGCUGAUCUCAUCCCAACGCCCUGCCGUGGGCACGGGCUCCUGGUCUAUCCCAGGUUGCUUCAAGCCCCAAAUAAUCUAACAACAAACUAGGACUGAUGCAUUUACUUUUGCAGAGUAUGUUACUUAUCUUUUUCCCCCACCCCUCCCUUGCUCCCAUUUUCUUUUCUGAAUGUCCUUGUUAAAGGCAUGUAUUCCAAACUACGUAAAGCAUGCCCACAAUGCAGGAAGCGAAUGUCGUGGCUGCAGAUCGGUUGCAAGGGAUAAUUUAAUCUCCACAUUUGCUGGCUCUCCGUCAUAGCCUAGAACUUCACUCAGGACUCAGCUCCAGUUUCUGAGCACUCACUGUUAUCAUCCACAAUCCAAGAAUUCCGUAUUCAAUACCAGACUCUUUAUCAGUCCUACAAUUACCAUAAAGAUAAACAGGAAAUAAAACACAUUGACUCUUCUCCAAUGUGAUAAGUUGCUGGCACAUUGCACAACAUUUCCAAGGACUUUAAAGUGAGCAACACCUGAGAGAUCUCUUGAAACUGGGUCUGCUCCAGUUACUUACUGUUAUCUCAAAAAGCCAAACCACAGAUAGGU